GUCAAGUUGGUGGGUACUCUUCCAGAAGGCAAUGGACCAUGCCAGAGCAGCAAUCUCUAACUUGUUUGGCGGCGAGCCGAUGUCAUACACGCGUUUCAGCAUUGCGCGGCAAACAGAUGGAGACAACAGCCAUGUGGAGAUGAAGCUGUCUGCUGAUGAUGAGGAAGGAGGGGAAAUUGGGAGACAAGAGCACGUGCAUGCCAGCAUGCCUCCACGGAGGAGUGGCAAGAACCUCUGCUUCCUAGUCAUUGCAGCUCUCCUCCUCCUUCUGAUUGGGUUUCUGAUUGGCUACUUGAGUUACCGUGGACGAAUGCAGAAGGCUAGCAGGUGUCUGGAUGGAAGUGGCAAGUGUGAGAUGACUCCUACUGCAUCUUACUUAACGGAGGAUGAAACUGAGGAAGAAGAGGUUCCUGGAUCACCUGUCUUAUACUGGCCUGAGCUCAGAGCCCUGUUGUCAGAAAAGCUGUCAGCCAAACAUCUUGAGGACAGCUUGAGGCAAAGAGCAAACAAGGACUCUUUUGAAGCUGGACAAAUUGAAGAUGAGAAAACUGCCAGUUACAUUCAUGACCAGCUUAAUAGCUUCCAUUUGGAUGAGGUCUGGAAUGAUGAGCACUACAUUAAGCUGCAGGUCAAAGGCAGUAGCAACAACAGAGUGUCUAUUCUGCAAAAUGGUAAAGAGGAGGAACUGGAGAGUCCCAGUGCAUACGUGGCAUACAGCAAGACUGGCUCAGUUGUUGGCAAACCAGUUCAUGUGAACUAUGGACUGAAAGCUGAUUUUCAGAAGAUGGAGAAGCUGGGUGUUACACUGAAUGGAACUAUACUCAUCUUCAGAGCUGGAAAAAUAACCCUUGCUGAGAAGGUUGCAAAUGCCCAAGAGGCAGGAGCAGUUGGUGUCCUGGUGUACCUGGAUCCCUACGAUUACAAGAACACAGAUGCACUUGUCCCCUUUGGACAUGCCCACCUUGGAACUGGAGACCCUUUCACCCCAGGCUUCCCUUCUUUCAAUCACACCCAGUUCCCACCAGUGGAAUCUUCUGGACUACCUCGCAUCCCUGUUCAGACUAUCUCUAGUCAAGCAGCAGGCAAGCUGUACAGCAAAAUGGAUGGAGACAAAUGCCUGCUGGAGUGGAAAUCUGGGGUCAUGGGAUGCAAGAUGAUGCUGAGCAGCACGACCAACAUGACAGUAAAACUGAGCGUGAACAAUGUUAUGGUGGACCAGAAGAUUCUGAACAUCUUUGGUGCUAUCAAGGGAUUUGAAGAACCAGAUCGAUAUGUUGUGAUUGGAGCCCAGAGAGACUCCUGGGGCCCUGGAGCAGCCAAGGCUGGUGUUGGAACUGCCAUGUUGUUGGAACUUGCCCGUGUGAUCUCAGACAUAGUGAAGAAUGGUGGCUACAAACCAAGACGCAGCAUCAUCUUUGCUAGCUGGAGUGCAGGAGAGUAUGGAGCUGUGGGUGCUACUGAAUGGCUGGAGGGGUACUCUGCAACGCUGCAUGCCAAAGCCUUCACUUACAUUAAUUUGGAUGCUGCAGUUCUAGGCUUCAACCACAUGAGGAUUUCUGCUAGCCCACUGCUGUACACGUUGCUGGAGAGAACUAUGAAGGGGGUGAAGGACCCAACAAAGGAUUCGGGAAGCCUGUAUGACAGAGUUGGCUCUGACUGGGUGAAAACAGUUGUUCCCCUUGGUCUGGAUAAUGCUGCAUUCCCUUUCCUGGCCUUCUCAGGAAUCCCAGUGAUUUCCUUUGGUUUCUGCAGUAAAGAUGAGGAAUAUCCCUUCUUGGGCACUACUGAGGACACUGUGGAGAACCUGAAGAUGACUGACAAGUUGUACACUCUUAUGCGUGCUGCUGCAGAAGUUGCUGGACAGAUAGCUCUCAGACUGACCCAUGAUCAUGAGCUUUACCUGGACUUUGAGAGAUACAGUGAAGAAUUGCUAGCAUUCCAGGAGAAGUUUUUGCCCUAUGAUCGGGAUGUGAAGGCUCUGGGGCUGACCUUGAACUGGCUGUUUUUUGCCCGUGGUGACUUCCAGCGAGCUACAGAUACACUGAGACGAGACAUUGCCAACAGUGACAGGGAAAACAAGAUUGUCCGCAGGGCCCUGAAUGACAGGAUUAUGAAGGUGGAAUAUGACUUCCUCUCCCCGUACCUCUCGCCAAAAGAUGCUCCCUUUCGCCACAUCUUCUUCGGCAGAGGCUCCCACACCCUGCAGAGUCUGCUGGAGAACCUGCAGCUGCUGAGAAACAGCAGGGACAGCGUGGACGUGAACGUACUGAAAGAGCAGCUAGCCCUGGCGACCUGGACCAUUAAAGGAGCUGCCAAUGCCUUAGUGGGUGAUAUCUGGGAUACAGACAAUGAAUUCUAGACAUGGCAAACACCUGGGUAAGGUACAGGAUUAGGGAUACCCACUCCCUAACAUGGCAUU